UUUCUGUUUGCCGCCACACUUCUUGAUUCUACUCGAGCUCCACUGGCGGUCUUGUUUCUUUGCCUCAGCAUGGCGUCAGCAGGUUUACAUACGCCUGGAUGUCAGACAGCACUCGUCUCUUUGGCUCCAGCUUACUCUGGAGCUAUUACUGGCUUCGCAUUCUUCUUUGUCGCUUGCUCCGGGAUCGUUAACCCUAUACUCACGAAAUGGAUUGCACAGACAGCACUCGUCUCUUUGGCUCCAGCUUACUCUGGAGCUAUUACUGGCUUCGCAUUCUUCUUUGUCGCUUGCUCCGGGAUCGUUAACCCUAUACUCACGAAAUGGAUUGCACAGAACGGCUCACCUCUCGAGUGGAAUAUGGUGUUCUACAUUUCGACGGUGAUCGCUUUGUUGCCAUUGAUCGUCUUCAAUGUAUGGGGCUCAGCCGAGGUGCAGUGGUGGGCAAAAAAUCAGAAGAUUUCGACCAUCUCCCGAAAGUCCGAGUCACCCGAGUCAGGGACAAAAUCGCCCGCAUGA